AGAGAGAGAGAGAGAGAGAGAGAGAGAGAGCGCCUUGGAACACAGCCAAUGGAAAACCUGGCCUUUGAGCUUGUGUGUCUUGACUUGCGCACACACCGGGGGAAUUUAGUUACUCCUCUGCUGUUUAAGCCAUGUUUUUCCACAUCAGCUUUUCUUCAAUGAAGUAACUUGGUGUACUCUGUACUCGACAGAAUCAAGAAACAGCAACUCAGCAACACAAGAUGCUGUGGUCCAAUCAGGUUAAGUAAAUGGGAUUAAAAACUUUGUAAAACUUUUAGAACCCAGAGGAUUGCCUCCACAGCUAAAGGGCGCAACAAUGUAGCCAAAACAAGCCAAUGGCAAAUACAGACUCAGUUUUGUCUGCAAAUGCUAAGCCGUUCUUUCUCUGUUAAACUGCUUCAAACAUGGGGGAUCCUGAAGAAUGGGAGUAUGGAGUCCUCUUUGCAGCUGGAAGCAACAGUGAUGAUGAAGACCCCGAUUAUGCUUCCAUUCCAGAAGACUACCCCAUCGUUUUGGAGGAUCUGGUCGAUGGAGCUAGGCCCUUUCAACCCAAAACUGCCCGAGUUAUAAAGCACAAGCCCAGCGCCAUAGCAUUCUCCGAAGACUGUACUUGGGCAAUGGUGGAAGAAACCAUUGCCAAGAGGUAUAGCAAACCUUUGAUUUCUAACAAAGCAGGUUUCCCUGGGCGUUGGGUUCAGAGGACCUGUGAACCGAUUAAUACAGAGUCUUCUGUAAAGUCCAGGGAACAUGCCAAGGAAGGAGUGAACAUUUCUGGACCCAGAGAUGAAUGGUACAUGUUGAUUGAGUGUCUUGAAGAAAACUAUGAAACAGCCACUUGUCAAUGCUGCCUGGGGCUUCCUUCGCUGUGGGAUAGAAAAGAUGCCGAACUUGAGGCUACAGAAGCUUGUGAUUGGCUUCAGGCAGCUGGAUUUCCGCAGUAUGCACAGCUUUAUGAAGACUGUCUGUUUCCCAUCGACAUCGCCUCUGUGAAGAAGGACCAUGAUUUUCUGGACCGGGACUCGCUGAAAUCCCUUUGCAGGAGACUGACAGUUCUGAACAAGUGUGCCUCUAUGAAGCUGGAAGUCCAUUUCCAGCGCAAACAGAGCGAAGACUCAGAAGAGGAGGAUCUGUGUGCCAUCAGUGACCGUUGGGCCUUCCAGCGGGACAGUAAGCGAUGGUCCAGACUGGGGUCCUUCCCUCCUCCCAGCUGUAAUAGCCCUGAGGUCCUCCACUCUGACAUGAAAGCUUCAGCCAGCCGAGAGAGCGUCCUAAGCGACUUCAGCGACCUGGAAGGUGUGUCUGUUCGCAGCAGCAGCAGUAGUGCGGGGAGCUCUGGAGGAACCUCGGGGAGUCGGCUCACUAUGGCAGAACCCUACUCCAGAUUCUCCUCCCAUCACUUGGACACCACCACUGUGUCCAACCGCAGCCUCACAGAGAGCCGCUCCUGCAAAGACCUGCUGGCUCGCAAGGAGAAGCCCAAGAGGCACAGAUCUCAAAGCUUCCUGAGGAAAAUUGGAUCUUUCAGAAGAAAGGAUAAGGACAGAGAAGCAGCCAGAUCAAAAGACUCUGACGCCCAAAGCUGUGACCUCCAGGAAGGGCCACUACAGUCUUCGAUGAGCUUGCUUUGCACAACCAACGAGAGCCUUCCAGGCUUGAAACAGAACAUACCUGAAAGCUCUCAGUUUAAAAGAAGGAUGAAGACCAUCUGUAAAGCUACUGUCGGACAGCCUGCUUCUGAAGGCAGUGGGAAACAGAAACAGAAAACCACAAGUGGAGGGAUUUACUUAGAGGAUUAUGAGAUGAGCUUAAAGGUUCCCAACUGGACACAACAGCUUCACAGGCCACUGGGUCUGCAGAAGGACUGUGUUGUUUACCUCCCCAGCGAUCACAAGCCAGGGACCUUCCCAAAGUCCCUCUCCAUUGAGAGCUUAUGUCCCACAGCGAAUGACGAUCUGAGGAACUGGAGAUUGGGCAACCCGUCAUUAGAGAUGUCGAUGUGCAGCAGCAGUGAAUCGCAAGGCUUUGGCAGGUUGCGUCCACGCAGGAACUCGUGCAGCUCCAUGGGAAGCAUCUACGACAACGUACCCGAAGCGUACGGCAGCUCAGAGGACCUUUUCAGUUUAGGAGCUGGAGGCAUUUGCGACCUGGACGAUAUCCUGCAGCAUGUUCACGGGCUCCAGAACACGAUCGAUCUGUGGUCCAAAAGAGUUUGCCCCGAGCUGGAUGACCUGGAGUCUGAACUGCCCGGUGACCCCAUCUUCCCAUCCAGUGUCCAUUUCGAAGAGCAGUCCAUGUCAGAUGUGGGAACAGCAGCUAGUGACUUUGACAGUACAGGGAAUUCUUUAAACGAAGCAGAAGAGAUGGAAAUGAGGGAACGGAGGGAUUCAGGAGUGGGGGCCUCGUUGACCAGGCCUAAUAGGAAGCUGAGGUGGCACAGUUUCCAGAACUCGCACCGUCCCAGCCUGACCUCUGCGUCUCUGGAGAUCAACCGACAGUCAGCCGCUCAGCUUAAUCUGCUGCAGAAAUUCUCACUGCUGCGACUCACUGCCAUCAUGGAGAAGUACUCUGUGCCCAAUAAGCAGGGCUGGAGCUGGGCGGUGCCAAAGUUCAUGAAGAGAAGUAAAGUUCCUGACUACCGGGACAAGAACGUAUUUGGAGUUCCCCCGAUCAUCAAUGUGCAGCGGAGCGGGCAGCCCCUGCCUCAGAGCAUCCAGCAAGCCAUGCGAUACAUCCGCAGCCAGUGCCUGGACCAGGUCGGUAUCUUCCGGAAGUCAGGUGUGAAGUCUCGGAUCCAGAUGCUGAGGAAGAUGAACGAGACCUCGCCCGACCACGUGAGUUACGAGGGGCAGUCUGCCUACGACGUGGCGGACAUGCUGAAGCAGUAUUUCAGGGACCUUCCAGAGCCUGUGUUCACCAGCAAGCUGACUGACACUUUCCUCCAGAUCUAUCAGUGUGUCCCAAAGGAGCAGCGUUUGCAGGCUGCACAGGCGGCCGUCAUCCUGCUGCCAGACGAGAACCGGGAGGUGCUGCAGACGAUGCUCUACUUCCUGAGCGACAUUGCCUCCGCCCAGGACAACCAGAUGACCCCUGGAAACCUGGCCGUGUGCCUGGCCCCCUCCAUCUUCCACCUCAACGUGUCCAAGAAAGAGAGCACCUCCCCCAGAUUGAUACACAGGAGGGCGGCUGCAUGGAAGCCAGACCAGAAGGACCUGAAUGAGAACAUGGCGGCCACCCAGGGACUCGCUCACAUGAUCAUCGAGUGCAAAAAGCUGUUCCAGAUCCCCCAUGACAUGAUGUUGCAGUCCCGAAACUCCUAUGUAGCCGCGGACGCCCACCCACUUCCCUUGGAGGGGCUCAGCAGGAGUCUGCUAGGCGAGCCCAGGGAUUAUCGGGCCUUCCUGGAGGACAGUGUCCAGGGUCUCUUACGAGAAUCGAUGGAGAAGUUUAAAGGCUGGCUCACCACACCAGGACCUGAGAGCACUGAAUUAUCAUACAAAAAGGUUGGGGACGGGCACCCCAUUCGUCUGUGGAAGGUCUCCACGGAAAUCGAGGCUCCGCCGGUCACAGUGCUGCACAGAGUGCUGAGAGAGCGCCACCUAUGGGACGACGAUUUACUGCACGGCAGGGUGAUUGAGGCCCUGGACAAGAACACUGAAAUCUAUCACUACGUCACAGACAGCAUGGCACCUCAUCCGAGAAGGGAUUUCAUCGUGCUAAGGAAGUGGCACAGUGAUCUUCCGAAGGGGGCGUGUGUGCUCGUGUGCGCCUCGGUGGAACACGACAAGGUGCAGCUGGAAGGCGGCGUGCGCGCGCUGCUCCUGAGCUCCAGGUACCUCGUCGAACCCUGCGGGAUGGGCCGCUCCAGACUGACGCAUGUCUGCCGUGCCGACCUAAGGGGCCGCUCUCCUGAAUGGUAUAACAAGGUGUUUGGACAUCUCUGCGGAGUGGAGGUUGCUAGGAUACGAGACUCUUUCCCUGUGUUAACAGCCCGGGGGCCUGAAACCAAGCUGUAGAGCGUCUCCAGGAUUCCUGCUUCUGAGAAUCAGUAAAGGUCUACACAGCCCGGAUCUCCUUCACAGUACACCGGGACUCAUUUAACUUCUGUCUGACAGAGGAAAUGCAACCAGUGUGUAAUAAAAAAAUGCAAGGCUUAAAGCUAUUGGAGGCAUGAUCCGAUUUGCUGAGUUUUUAAAAUUGUGUUUCAUGAAAGGAAAAGAGUUACGUGGGUAUCAGAGAAAAGUUACAAGUGAGGCAAAUUAACACGCUUGAAAUGUCUAGCGCCCUGCACAAAAACAAAAUAGAUGGUUAAUAACUGAUGCCUAUACAGGACCAUGACACAGUCAAAGAGGUCAGGCAUUACAGCAGCAACAUGAGAUGGUUUUGUGCUGGGGCCUUGGGACUCAGAAUGGGUUUGGAUGUGGUUUGGGAUUUCCAUUUUUUUGUGAUGUAAGCAACGCAGAGUAACAGCUCCAACAUGUGAUGAAAGCAGUGGGGAUAAACCGAAAUCCCAGGACUACAGGAGGGGUAGUAGAACACGCAUAGGGAAUUCUAUACCACCGGUGUCUGUCGACACACGUUGGGCAGCCAGUGCUGCACCGUUGUUGGAUGGCAGUCAGAAAAAGAAUAGGGGUAUUGAAAGAAAUACUGAACAGGGAGGGAAAUGUGUUUUGUAUGAAGAUCCAUUUUUAGGAAGCGCUUGUGAAAAUCACUCAAGCUAUUUCACAAAGGCCUAUGAGAUGGAUAAUUUGAAAAAGGAAAAAAAAAAUGCAGCAUUUAUCCAAUGGAAUGUUUUUAUAUAUUUAUUUCUUUUCGCCGCUAUGCCUGCUUGUCGGAUUAUCACCAGGCAUUAACCACGUGUACAUACAUUUACUUGUACCUAAUUGAAUAGUGUUUGUUUUUGCAGGCUAGUUUUGUGAACUCAGGAUGGGUUACUAUCUUGCUGCAAUGCGCACUGUAACUCAUUGCUGCAUUUCUGCGGGAUGUAAUUAGGCUAAUCCCCUUUUUCAUAUAUGACUGCACUGUACAAACGUGAAACAUAUUUUUUUAGAUUUCUUAAUUGUAAAUAAGAUGCUGUACUAUUUUGUUAAAGCACCUUUGUGUUGAACUAAACACCAGCAGGAGUGCUAUAAUCAGUCAUGUUUAAUGAGACAGCCAUCAUUGUGCCAAAAAGAAGAUAGGUAGAAUAUUGUCCAUUGUUAUUGACUAGGACUAGGCAGGGAGUCAAAAAGACCCUUUUUUUUAACGCUGUUCAUUUUCAGGCAUGUGUUUGUUUACUAAUGUCUGCAUAAUGAACUAUUUAGAACAGGUUCAGCUAGUGCUGUUGCACAUUAGACAGUCAUAGCCUCAGAAUGAGCUUCUGAAAGUAGUGAUGUUCUGCUUGUGCACCAUACACUUACAUGCAGGUCAUUAAUAAUAGUAAUAAUAAUAAUAAUAAUGAAACGGACUCACGAGUCAGGGAGAAGGUUUUCUGACUGCACAAUGUACCAGGGAGGUUAGAUUUUAUUGUAUUAUAAUAAAAAAGGCAUUGAUUGCGUUUCAUCUUCACUAGACCAUAAUAUAAUGUAUGUGUAGUUUUAGUUUAUUUAUAUAUGUUGGUCAAUUUGUUAAUCCUGGGCUUUUGGACACAUUGACUCCACAUUGUAUAUAAUCAUUUGUCAAACUGCCUCCUAGUUGGAUUUGUUCAAAGGCACUGGUUGAUGGUAUGACUGACUGUAAAAUGCAAACAUAUUGUUAUAUGAAAAAAAUAUUGGGGGCUGCAGAUUUAAAGUUACAGUAACUUGGAUAUUUAUCAUAUCUCUGAGAACACCAUCCACGACAAAUUAAAGGAAAGCACCAUUACACAAUGGAGCAUUUAUUUAUUUUUAUUUUUGUUUGCAUUUACUAUAGCUGCACGGUCUUUCACUAAAGUAUUAGCUUCACACAUGGUAACAUUAAUAUUAUUAUAUAUACCAGGAACUAAAAAAAUGUUGAUGUUCGUCACCAUGGU